AUGGCUCCCGGCGCCAUCUUCAACCGGCGAUUCUUCACGGCACAGAUACUGUGCGUCGACAGACUUGGUCCACCGACCUCGAAACCAGGAUUUUACGGAUUGCAAUCGGGGUUUGAAAGUGAUUCGUUUCACGGAAAAUCGGUCAAUCUGGGUAGUCAAUACCUGACGGACCUGGGCAACGAAAGCCCAAAAGCGGGACCACUGGCAGUGCCGUCGAGCUACGGUGGAGGUGCGCCUCAGCAGCAUCUUGCUGGCUUUUCGCGUUCGGACUGUACCGGAAACUCAUUUAACCUGGCGGCGUUCAGGUCUCCCGGCUUGCUCGGCACGCAUGGAUUUAAUUUUGGUAACAACUUUGGCUUCCGCGAUCCGUCCGUGUACGAUCCGGCGAAUGUACCGCCGGCUCCGAUCCAGCAGCACAUACCUCAACUCAACGGCAACAGUCUGCUGAAUCUCAGCCAAGGCUUCCGUGCAAACGGCGACGGAAGCCCGGUCAACCUGUACCUUGGCAACUCCAGCCCAAAUCGAGACACGAAUCUGGACGCGUACUGUUACCAAAAGAAACCAGAAUACCCCGAGAGUCAAGACAACCUGAAUUAUAACGAGCACAACAAAGACGACGAGGUGAACAUCCUGAGUCGUGAAAACAGCCCCAGUGGAAGGAUAAACUACAACUCGGACAGCUCCGACAUCCGCGACAAACGGCAGGACACGUGUAGUCCCGUCGAAAGCUCCCGCUCCUAUUCUAGUCAAAACAAGGACGACCUUCCCGGGUACCACAGUCCCCACAACGACAGUGUAGGAUCCCGAAGUCCGGAAAACCUAUCCCACGGCGGCAAUACCAACCAUCUGACGCCAACCCCCAACAGCGGAACCUACACCCCAAACAAUAACAACAACAACGGUUCCAGCAUCCCAAACAACAACAACCUUAUCAACAACAAUAACCACCUAAAGUCAAAGUCGCACACGAUAUCGGACAUGCUGGACCACAAGCUGCAGAUGAGCCUGCUGGGGCCGCCGUUGGCCGCGUUACACUCGAUGACCGAGAUGAAAGCGGCCCAGCAGCAGCAGGGGGGCAGUCCGGUGCAGACGGUAUCGCCACAAACGCAGUAUCCGUCGCACCAAACCGCCGUUGGAGGCAACGGUGCCGGAGCGCCCAACCCGCACGGGAUUGACACGAUUCUGUCGCGACCACCGCCGGUCACCAGUGCCCAGUUGAAUGCCUUAGGAGGUGGAAUGCCCCGCUUCUCGGCUGCCGUCGCGGCCGCCGCCAACAUGGCCCAGUAUCUGUCCCAAAGUCACGGCUCGCCGCUGAAGGCCCACUCCGGGCAGCUGGUCGAGCGGACGCACCUCUACUGGCCCGGCCUGCAGGGUCUGGUCACGAAUCCGAUCGCCUGGCGGGAACGCAUCGGCUCAAUGUCCGCCAGUCUAUCACAAGCGCAUCACCACCAGGACAAGGACGGCAAGAAGAAGCACACCCGGCCCACCUUCAGCGGGCAGCAAAUCUUCGCCCUGGAGAAAACCUUCGAGCAGACCAAGUAUCUGGCCGGUCCGGAGCGGGCGAAGCUGGCGUACGCCCUGGGGAUGACCGAGUCGCAAGUUAAGGUGUGGUUCCAGAACCGGCGUACCAAGUGGCGCAAGAAGCACGCGGCCGAAAUGGCCACGGCCAAGCGGAAACAGGAGGAGCUCGGAGAUGGCGACGGCGACUGCAGCGAACCGAUGGACUCCGACUCGGAGAGCUUGGACCUGGUGGACACCGGAAGUAGCAACAGUCGGAAGCGCUGCCGGAUGGAGGACGACAUGAGGCAUUAGUAGAGUGUAGGGUAGAGAAUCGAGUCGCGAAAAGUUUGUUGAGUUUAAUUUAUUGUAGCGCGUGUGGUCGGAACAGUUCUUUCUCUGAACAACCGCUGACCACACCAGGAAGCAAUGUUUAGAAUAGGUCGGAACGGCAGCCCUGUUCCUUCUUCCUGCAAAUUCUUCUGUAAAAAAUAACUUAGAUUUCUCAACCUCCAGGCAAACCAGAUGGCCAUAAACACAGUAAACUGUAUUUAAAACAAUUCCCCAGAAGAAAGAGCAAAAAUCGAAUUUACUAUACAUUAAUUUGACUAAUAUACUGAUUUUAGCAUGUUGAUCGAGCGAAGGAUUGCAAGAGAGAGAGAGAGAUAGAACGAGUGUUUGCGGAUUAAAAUUGUGAUCUAUAAAUAAAAGUAAUUACGAGCAAACUGUACUCUAAUGGUUUUGUGUUCCAGGUCAAACAUGUAAUUAAAAUCGCACCGAUUAAGGCGCAUGCUUUUUAGGCGCAAACUUUGCUGCGUAUUCUCAGUACAGGCAGAGGAAAAGAAGUACAUUCCAGGCUUUGGUUUAUAUAUGAAACGAAACAAUUAUUUAUUAACACACAGAUGAGCCCUUAUAGCAUGCAGAAAAAAAUCAAAUAAAAAGUAUUGUUGAGUAAUUGCGCGGAGAGCAACUGUUUGGUGUAAACAUAAUUUUACGUGCAGGAUAAGUGAAAAUAAAGUGCGAGAUUAGACAACAUUGAGCGAUGUAAAAAGUUUGAAUUCUCAGUAUUUAAAUAAAUUUCCUUACGUCAUAGUGAUUAAUAUCUAAUUAUUAGUACUUCAUGAUAAAGAAAAUGGUAAAUCGAAAAAUCUAACACAAACCAUCUGUAAAACUUGUAUAAGUUUAAUAAAGAAAGGAGAG